GCCUGGGAGGGCGGCAGGGCCCGGGCCGGGCCGAGCCGGGAGAGCUCGCAGCCGCCGGGGCAGGACCCGAGCCCGAGCGCACACGCUGGCCGGACCCGCCCGCGCCAGACACUGAUUUUCCGCGCGGUACAAGGGCAAGAUGGCAGCCGACGAAGGCUCACAGGAUACUUUGAGGCUCCAGUUCAAGGCGAUGCAGGAACUGCAGCACAGAAGGUUACAGCAGCAGAUGGAGAAAAAGAGGGAAAAGGAAAAGGAACAGGAAAGCAGAGAUGAUGACCAAAAAGAAUCCAUGGAGAUCUCCGAUGGCCUCAGCCUUCUCCACACAGAGGAGCAAAACUUGAAAAACAUCUUUGAGCAGAGGGUGCUUGAAGAUGAGAUCCAGCAACUUCGGGAGGAGCUCAGAGAAACGGUGGAUGAGAACGGGCGAUUGUAUAAGUUGCUGAAGGAAAGGGACUUUGAAAUCAAGCACCUCAAAAAGAAAAUAGAAGAGGACAGACUUGCCUUCACAGGGAGUGCCGGUAUGGCUGGAGAUGUAGUCGCAACCAAAAUUGUGGAACUCUCCAAAAAGAAUCGGGCAUUGAUGGCAGAGUCAGAGGGUGGGAAAAUGAAAAUGAAGCAGCUGACCAAUCGGAUCCAGGAGCUGGAGCGGGAACUGCAGACAGCCCUGUCCAGGCUGCCAGCCAAGGGGUCCACCGAUGCAGGAGCCAAGCCACCAAGGGCCCAGCUGGGAGACAAAGCCUUGCCGGAGACUCCAGAGGUGAAGGCCCUGAAGGACAGGCUGGCAACCAUGAACCUGAAGAUGAGUGAUCUGCGCAACCAGGUUCAGUCCGUGAAGCAGGAGCUCCGGAUGACCCAGAAGGUUUUGUCCAGUGAGGUUGGGGAAGAUGUGAACAUCCAGCAGCUCCUGUCCUCUCCAGGGACCUGGAGGGGAAGGGCUCAACAAAUUCUCGUUCUUCAAAGCAAGGUUCGGGAGCUUGAGAAGCAGCUGGGACAGACCCGGAGUAGAUCUGCAGGAACAGCCAAUGAUGAGCUCCCUAUCUACCCAGACCCAAAGAAGCUGUCGGCACAGGAGAAAAACCUACUGAGGAUCCGCAGCCUGGAAAGGGAAAAACAGGAAGGCUGGGAGAAACUUGCUGGGGAGCGGGAUACCCUCCAAAAAGAGCUGGAAGAGCUGAGAAAGAAGUCUGAGGGAGUGAAGUCUCGAAACAAGGUGCUAUCGAGCGAAGUGAAGACCCUCAGGAGCCAGAUGGGGACCCUGGUGGAGAAGGGCAGACAUGAUGACGAGCUCAUUGAUGCCCUCAUGGACCAGCUGAAGCAGCUACAGGACAUUCUGGGCAGCUUGAAUCUACAGGAGGAAAAGAUGCGCACAUCCCAGCACCAAAUGGACCAGAAUCUCAACAGCCAGGCCCAACAGAGCAGCAGCCUUGUGGCCCAGCUGCAGGCCAUGGUGGCCGAGCGUGAGGCCAAGGUGCGGCAGCUGGAAUUAGAGAUCGGGCAACUUGGUGUGCAGUAUCUUCAGAAUAAAGUAAUGGGUGAGGAGUCCAGCGGGCCUGAGGUCCACCCAGCCCACACCAGACUCCUGGAGGACCAGGGUCUGGCCAAGCCUCCAGCCUCAGCAGGCAACCACAUCAGCAGGCUGGGAUCUUCUCGCUCUGUGAGCAGCCUGGGUCACACGCUGGUGGAAUCUGCUCUCACCAGGCCUUCCCUGUCCAGCCCCCACAGGACCUCACCCAGUCCCAGGUGCUUGGACUCCCCAGAACAAAAAGGCUGGCAAGCACAAGUGACAGAGAUCAAGGCCCUCUGGCAGGCCACCGAGGUGGAGCGAGACCGGCUCACUGAGUUUGUUACUGUCCUGCAGAAACGGUUGGAGGAGAGCAACAGCAAGCUCCUGGAGGCGGAAAGGAGGCUGCAGGGGGAGCGGCACCACACUGUGGUGCUGGAGCAACAUCUGGAGAAGAUGCGCUUGGAGCCUGGCAAGGCAUCCGCCUCACAGAAAGCAGCCCCCAAAAAUAAACCAGGUCUGCCAGCCUCUAAUACCAGGCCCAACCCAACAGGAAGUGAGAAAAAGGACCCAUCCUCUGCCCAACUCUCCAGUGUACCUGUGGAAUUGCAGAUGGAGGAGCUGACCACCAGGCUGGCCAUCCAGGUGGAGGAGAACGAAAUGCUGAAAGCCGCCCUGGGCAAUGCCCUGCGGGGAAAGGAGGAGGACUUCCGCAUGUACCACGAGACCCUUAGCCAGGUGAAAGGGGUCUUCCUGCAGGCCCUGCGGCAGCAGAAAGCAGACAAGCACUAGGAUGCGGCCCUGUGUCAGCAAGGCCAGUGGGACAGCUCAGGCCUUGAGAGGAUGAGGCUGUCUGAGGACUGCGUCCGAUUCAGGAAGCCAUCCGGGCCCCAGCUCAGCUCUGCCCUCAAAAGCAGCUCCUUCAGAAUGACCACAGCCCACACUUCAAGCCAGAGGAGAAGCCAUGGCAGAACCAUGCAGGAACACUGGGCAGAUGUGGCUGUGACGGGAGGAGGCCCAGCAGCCCACCAGCAUCAGCCAGAGCUCUGGGACAAGCCAGCUGUGGAUGGACAGAUGCAGUCCCCCGAACAGAUGCUCAUGGCCCUUGUCUUAGAACCUGCCUGGGGGCCCCUGCAUGCCCACAGGCUCCAUACGCACAGCAGAACCCCUGGUGCCCUGGGUUGGGCACAUUGCCCAGCCUCCCCCACCUACUUGGUGGUCCUCACUAGGCAUCUUCCUGCCCUGCCCUGGCUCCAUCUGUGGCCCUCCCCAUCCACAGAGUAGGGCAGCACACUCCUGGCCUCUUUGUCAGCCUGCUGCUCAGAUGCCAAGCUUGGACUUGUAAUAAUAAUUGUUAUUUUCAUAAUUGCUGCAUCUUCCAGUGAGUGGUCAUCUCCCAUGGAAACCUGACCCCACCCAUCUGUCCUCUAAUAAUACAGGGGAUUGCCGCCCUAUUUCACAGAUGGGGAAAAUGGGGCUCGGAGGAUUGAAGCUAUUAUUUCACUCUGGUCAGCCUCCAAAACCAGAGUCCCCAGUUGAGCAGCUCCCCAGGGCAGGAAUGCCCAUCUCACUGCUGAACAGCUCUGCAUCUCACUGGUUGCUCCAGAAGGCACCUCCUGCUGCUCCCAAAAGGCUGGGUGGGUGGGCACUGGUGGCGAAGAGCAGAAGUGGGGCUGGGCUGGAGCUUUGGGCAGAAGGAAGUGUGUGACGACAUAGGUGUGGUGCACCUCCCUCCCCAUGGUGAGCUGGGAAGGCUGCUGGGGAGGUGACCCUGGGAGCCCCCAUCUUCUGUGUGACUGUCACAGCAUCAUCCUCUUAGCUGCAAUUACAGCCACAGGGAAGGCUGACUCCAGGGAGGAUGAGUAGCCUAUAGCUAUACACACCACCCUAGACGCACUGGCCACACAGGUGCACAGGCGCACACACAGAGGCAGACACACACAGACACCUAGGUGCAGGAGCAUGUAGCUGUGUACACACAGGUAGACACACAUGCAAGCACAAGUGAGCACAUGUGGAUGUGGAUGCAGACAGUCCCCACGUGAGACACAGUUAUGUGUGUAGCUUGUAUAGUGACACAAAUGCAGGAGCACAUACUAUGACAAUUCGUCUCCUUCCUCCACCUGGAGGUCCUGAGAUUACAUCUGCUCAGGACAUCCCUCAGAGAUGGGAAUGGAGGGGAUCAGAGCUGGCCCCACUGCCCUCACCCCCCUGAGGGAGCCUCUGUCCUCCAAGGGCAGCACAGUCUAGAGUUCCCACAGUAAGGUGGCACAGAGCCCAUUGGAAUGAAGUGGCAAUUCUGAUGGGCUCUAAGGGCUUCUGGGAAGGCAGACUUUCUUCCUGGUUCCUUGUGAAGGGCAAUGGCCAAGCAGAGAGCCAGAGAAGAGCAAGAGGGCCUGUGCUGGGAGGGGACAAUGAAGGACAGUGAGGAGUGGGCCAAAUGCAGAGUGUGGACACCAGGUCAAGUAACUGGCACUUUCUUCAGGCUGUGGGGAGCCUCCUGAGGGUGAUCUGAGCAUGUGGGGACCCAGGCUCCAGUCCUCAGCAGAGUCCCUGGGACAGAAGGAGGCACAGGACCAACCAUCCUGCCUUAGGAUCACGUUGGAGAAGAGCAGGCAGGUGUGAUCCACGCCCACCUCUGCUGUCCUUCUUGGCUUGGGGCUGGGCUGAGAGAGAAAGGAGCAUCCCAUCAAAGGGUGUGAAUCUCUUUCUCCACUUGCCAGCUGUGUGGCCUUGGGAAAAUCAAGCAACCUCCCUGAGACUCCAUGUCAUCUAUAAAAUGGGGACAAUAAUAAAAACCUCCCUUAAGGGCUGUUAAUAGGUGUCAAAGAAUACCCCAAAAGGCUAAUUAUUGCCUUGCUGUUUACUGUGAUACAAGGAACAUGUAUCUAUAGAUUAAUUUAAUUCCACUACAAUAAAAAUAGGAUUUAUAAUAAGAGAGUGGGGAGAAAAGCUGCUGCUAGCCAGACACAGUGAUCUUGUUUACACAUUUUUAGAUAAACUGAUGAGUUGGCAUCUUUCGGUAUCAGUCUGCGCAUAGUUCAGUCCUUACUUAGGUCACCUGUGGGUAUAAAAUCUAGUUUAUACAAUCUUCAAGUUCUAUAGGCAACCUUGAGCAUUUUUGUUAUUGUUAUUUUUGGACUGAGGAUUGACCCCAGGAGUGCUCUACCACGGAGCUACAUCCCUAGCUCUUUUUAUUUUUUUUAUUUUGAGUUUUGCUAAGUUGCUGAGGCUAGCCUUGAACUUGUGAUCCUCCUGCCUCAGCUUCCUGAAUCACUGAGAUUACAGGUGUGCGCCACUGCUUCUGGCUCAACCUUGAGAGUUUUACCAUGGGGCUAUAUUCCAGGGCUUUAUCACACCCACUGGCACUUGCACCAGGCACCUUCAGCUUAGUUAGACCAGAUCCACUCCAUUCCAUCAUCGCAACCCUCUUUAGGAUUCAUGGAGUUAAAAAGUGUUAAAUGGCUUAGAGCAGCUACUGACAUACAGUAAGCACACCAUAAAUGUUAGCUCUUAAUAACCCUGUGUUAGGUCAGCAAAUAUUUAUUGAGCAGCUCUUUUGCCCAGGUAUGAAGGUGCUGAGACAUGGCCCCCAAACUCCAGGAACUCUCAGGCCCCUGGGGAGACAGACUCCUUUCAGGUCACUAUCCAUUCUGCUGGCCAGUCACCAGACAGUGAGUGCCAACUGCAUGCCAGCCUCACCAGGCCUGGGUGGGGGUGGGAGUGGGGAUAAAAGUGACUUACUUCCUUCUUUCUGGGAGCUCCCUGUCCCAUUAGAGAAGUGUGGGAAAUGGGGCUAUGAUGGGGGCUGGGGAAGGGGAAGGAUGCAGAGACAGGCUGUGGCACCACAGAGCCCCCUAAUCCCAGCUCUCAUGUAGGGGUGCAGGGAUGAAGAGGGGAGUCAUGGGAUAAUCUGGAAGGAUUUUUAAAGGAAGGAGGAGUUGUCAGGGGGCCAAGGACUGGAUCCUGAGAGAUCUAACCCAGCUGGCGGUGGGGAGUAGAGCUUGGUCUGCACAAGUUGGUACCCACAGCCCCUCCUGGCAGCACCAACUAUCCUCAGACCCUGAGGAAGGCUUCCCCAUCUCUCAGGUAGGUGGGCAGCAGGUGGGCUGAAUGAGAACUCCUGAGGCUCCUUCCCAGGGCCUCAGGCAUGGAGGGGGCAGGUGCCCUGGAGGGCCAAGGGACAGGGCAAGUAAAAGGCAGGUGGAGUGGUGGAGUGACCUCACAUGAUGAUCCCCCGGCCACACCUUAGGCAUAGGAAGGUGCUGUGAUUCUGGGUGCUCAGGUUCCGGCACUGACCGGGGAGACCUGGUUGAGAUGUGGAUGUGGUUUGGCCACUGUCCCCAGUGGGGCCUCUGGGACACCGCAGCUCAGCUGAGCAACACUGCAGGCUGGCUCUGGCUGACUCAAAACACAUUCCAUUGCCACUGGGCUCCUUCCCUGCUCCUCUGGGCACCUCCACAUCCAGUGGUCAGAACCAGCCUCUUCCCUCUGCCCCAAAUGAGCCCUCAGGCAGCCCUUAGCACAAGGAAGUCUCCACCUGCCCACCCCCUCUCCUCAUAUGUACCUUUUACAAACGUAGCGUCACCUACAGUUCUCAAGCCUUGCAUAUUCACACAUAUACACCCAUACAACACACAUCACACUCAGACACCACACAGUGCAUUGCUACACCACAUACACACACACACACACACACACACACACACACACACACAAUAAGCACCUGUCAUAAACAUACCUCAAAGUGUAUACCCCCAGACCCUAUGCAGAACCAAUACAAGACAACUACAUACACAUGCACACCCACACAGGAAACUUGCCCACAUUUUCAUUUUGAGCAAAAACAAAAACAUUGAGAGGUGAAAGGGGACUCUGAUUUGAGAGAAUUGGCCUCCCUCCCCACAUCUUUUCCAGUGGACCUUGGGAAGAAUCAGCAUUUGGGAAGCUGAUCCUGGUCCUUGUGCUGAUCUCAGCCCAGUCAGCUUCCUGUCCCUUGUUUUGUGGGCUGACCAAGCCAGUGGCCCCCCAUCCUAUACCCCACACUUAGGGUGGAGCUGGCCUCCCUAAGCCUCCACCCUUCUUGCCAUCCGCAUGUGCCAAAUUCCUUGCGGGUCCUGCAGUGCAGGGUCACUGGGGAACAUCUCUGCUGAGUGGGCCCUGCCUCUCUGGGGCUCUGGAGUUAGGGGGCAGUGGCUCCCUCACAGCCUCUCUUCAUAAGCAGUGAAUCAAGCCUCUGUCAUGGGGUGAGUCACUGGAUCCCCCCAAGAACCCAGGAGGCCAGGUCAGCAGUGUGCCCAUUUUACAAAUGAGGACAUGAGGCCCAGAGCACACAGCAGCAGGCUGAAGCUCUGGUUCCUGUCAGUGGGCUGCAACCGUGUUCUCCGUCCCAGCACAAACCACCCUAUCUGCCUCCCUGAGCCAUUCUCUUGGAGCCUCCGGAGGGCACCAGGUGGAGACCUGGCCUAGGCUGGUCCUGCCCAACAGCGGGUGAGAGUGAGCUUGGCUCUCAGCCUGAAGGACAGUCAAUUCCAGAAGCUUACGGGGUUGAUCCAGCCACUUAACCACCUUGUGCCUCAGUUUCCUCUUCUACCAGCCGGAGAUAAUGGUAACUCUUUCCUUACCGAUUGCAGUGACAUUAAAAAGUUGAUCCAUGUAUGUUAA